AUACUUUUACCUAUUUAGAUUUAUGUAGCUUGUCAUAUAACCAAACCAGAUAAAUAGUAGACAUGGAGGACACGCCUGCCCUCCUGUCUUUAAUCCCAAACUUCCCACGCGCGUUUCCCCAUCUGCCCUCUGUCAGUGAACAAAGCGCGUCUUCCCGGUUCUCCAGCUGUUCUGUGUUGUGUGUUGCGUGUGCUGCUCUAUGGGGCUGCUGGAGGCUGUGGACAGGAGGAGGAGAGACGGGAAGAGAGACGGACACUCCGGUAUGUCCCGCCCCCGUUCACAUCACGCACACUCGGCCCUGGUAGGAGGCAGACGAGUUUGGCUGCGGCUUUCCUCCGUCAGUUCGUAGGAAGCAGCUCCGCUAGGUGGAAACUGGGCCCAAGAGCAGUGGGCUCUGGGAAUGAACUUUCCCCAACUUUAGAAAAAGAAGCUUCCUGGUGCCUGAAAACUGUCAUUUUCGACAAUCAUCCCUUCUCAGCAUCAUCUUGUCUUUACUUUGCAUGGUACUUCUUAUAUAGUAUUACCAGUUGACUUACACCAUGGUUUUAUGUGAGGAUAUAGAGUGCAGUGUGUGCCUUUUACCAUACACCCGUCUGGAGCGCAUCCCUCGUCUGCUGCAUUGCCUGCACACGUUUUGCCAGCCUUGCUUGGAGACGCUCUCUCAGUCCCGGGUCGGCCUCAUCACAGUGAGCUGCCCCCUCUGCCGCCGGGUCACCUGUGUGGGGCAGCGUCUCGGGCUCCAGGGGGCCCUGUGGGUGGAUAGCAGCCUUUGGGACCAGAUUGAAGAGGAAGACAAGGAGGAAAAAGAAGAGAAGCACCGGUUCAAACAGUAUGGGACCUUAGUUGGAUCAGGCAAAAAAGAAUCAUCGUGCCUGUUUGGCAGAUCCUCCAGGACUAAGUUGAAGUUCCCCGCCUUUUUGAAACGCUUCACUCUGACAAAGCAGCAACAGGAGCAGAUCGUCCCUGGCAGCAACGUGGAGAUGAAAUCCUGGCGUAGGCUUUCUACCGCAGAUGAUUUUUGAAACCUUUUGGUAAACUUUUAAGGUUUUUUUUUUUUUUUUUGUACUUUUGCGUCAGUCUCGGGACCUCCUAAAUCAGCAUAGAGGAGCAGUGGAGCAGGACCCAGAGCCGUUAUGUGGAUCCAUUUGUAAAGCUGUCAACAGACGCCAUUGUUCCCAGCCAAAGGUUUCCCCAUUAUUUAUUUGGGACUUAAUUCUGCCAGCUGCUGCUUUGGGAUUGGGUUCAGACGACUCCCCAGACCACAGAUGGUCUCCUGAAGACGCACACAAAUGAACUGUAAUUAUUACUCUCCCUACUUAAAAAACAGAACAAAACAAAACAAAAAAAACACUGGUACAGUAUUUAAUAAAAGUAUUUUUCUUCACACGUGUCAGUGUGUUGGAAGAUUCAAAGGUGACAUCAAGUAUUACAAUUUCUGUUUAAAUUUCACUCAAUGGAGAGAUUAGUACUGGAUGUAAAACAUUAUUAAAGAAUAAGUAGUAAAAGUU